AUGUCUACUGACGGCCAGCUGCCGCAGAAGCAGCGGCGGUCUGACUGGAACGUUCAAAAGUCCAUCAAGACUGCAGACUGUCAGGAGUGGUUGGGGGAGAAGUGGGCUACGUACAAGAGCUGGGCCGAGGAUGCGGAGACAAAGUUUGGGCUCUCCGAGCAUCGCUUCAACGCCAGCAUUAUAAGCGAGACGUUCACGUCAUCGAAGGCGCGGGGUCUAACGAAGUGGAAUGCCACUCUAGCGAACGGCUACUCCCGUGCAAAGGACGAUUUCGCAGCCGGUCGUAUCAAAGACAACCCGGGCAAGUAUCAUGAAUGGCUGCCCAAGGCAAUGGGAGACAUGCAAGCGAAGUAUGCAGGCUUGUCGGAAGAGCAGCGCAAGGCCGAAGUCACCGAGUAUACGACUCGCCGUAAUCUCAACGUCGGUGAGGAGCGCCGGCAGAGGAAACCUGGUAGUGGCUUUUCUCGCUCCGUUGGCGCUACGGGCGACCGUAUCACAAAGCUGCUCGACGACUUGAAUGAGACUGCCGGCGUCGAAUCAAUUAUCAUCAUGGCCCCUGGCGACCCCCACCUCCCAUUCACUCCCAUGCACCAUGUUACGGGCACCGCGAAGAGGUUCAUGAAGGAUGUCGAGCUCGUCAGGAAGGAGCCAGCUGUCGUCGCGAAGAUGCUGGAGGGUUAUUGUGCGUCGGGUAUAGCUGCAGGGCCAGACUUGAAUGUCUCCAUUACAAACACUACUGCGAAGGCCAAGCGCUCCAAGAUACGUGCCAGCAUUCAAGACGGCCUUGACGAGAUCGUGGGGCGCAAGGUUCCAAUGAACUACCGCAAUCUCGAGGGCGCCAUUGUCGAAGAGCUCGGUGUUGCACUCGUCGGCUGGCCCCUCACGGACAAGCCCGUCUCCCAACCCUCAGGCCUCUCUGCGUCGGAACUCGUCAGAGUGGAGAAGGCCCUCGACGACAAUACGUUGUGUUGGGUGCGUCUUUCGGAGCAACAGCUCGCAGAGCGUAAGCUUCGCAACAAGAUGUUGCAGGAUGCUGGCAACUCGGUAUACUUCCCUCGCAAGGCCCGCGCGAAGAAGCGCCGCAUUGACCAGGUCGAGGCUUAG